CCUGACGUCAUAUCCGUUCACGUAUCAAUAAUUUUUGACACAUUUGACAUGUCAGUCAUGUCGGGAUUCACGAUGUUUACAUUGUGAUAAAGUUAUUUAAGGUUAGACCAAGACGAUGUUUUUUAUGAAAUAAAUUUAAAAGACUGUGGAAGCAGAAAAUUAUUUAAGGAUGGGAUCAAGAGAGGAUACAAGUGUUGUUUUUAGUGACCCCAGAAAUGAUCGUCAAGUCGAUUUGUCCAGAUUUGGGUUGGGGGAUACAGAAAAUAAUAGAAGUCAACAAUCACAAAACAGAAGCUACGAUGAAUUUGGACCUGAAAUGUACCAGACUGGUACGAAUGAACUUUUCGCUCAGGAAUAUAAUGCUGAUCCCUGGUGGAAAUCAAAUUUUUUUAUAUCACAGCCAGUUUUAUUUGGAACCUGGGACGGAGUUUUCACCUCAUGCCUGAUUAAUAUUUUUGGAGUAAUUGUAUUUUUGAGAUCAGGCUGGAUAGUAGGCCAAGCCGGUGCUUUAAAUGCUGUUUUGAUCAUCUUAGCUACAGUUUGUGUGGCUUUGGUGACGGUUCUUUCGGCAGUAGGAAUUUGUGAAAGAUGUCGAGUCGAAAGUGGAGGAGUUUAUUUUUUACUCUCCCAUGUCCUCGGAUCGAGAUUCGGUGGAGCUAUCGGAUUAUUGUACUGCUUUGGACAGGCUGUCGGUUGUGCUCUUAAUGUUUUGGGUUUUGGAGAAUCCAUGGCAGGUCUCGUCGGUCUUGAUUCAACCUGGGCACAACGAGGAUUUGCUUGUGCUGCAGUUGUCUUGCUUUCAGUAAUAAAUGUCGCAGGAGUGAAAUGGGUGGUGAAACUUCAAUUUGUCCUGCUAUUGAUUCUCCUCCUUGCUGGCGCCGAUUUCAUGAUCGGAAGUUUCACUCAUGAAAACCCUGAAAUUGGUUUCGAGGGCUGGCUAACUGGAAACUUGAAAAACAAUACAUUCCCCUCCUACGAAAACGGUUACGGCUGGUUUACCACCUUCGGGGUAUUUUUCCCGACCGUAACUGGAGUCUUGGCUGGAAUUAACAUGAGUGGUGAUUUACGACAACCCUCUACUAACAUUCCUAAUGGAACUCUAGCUGCUUUAGGAACUGGAACGGUCCUCUACUUGGUUUUCUCUUUGUUUCUGGCCGCGACUUGUACGAGGCAAGUUUUAAAAACAAACUUCAUGAUUGCCUCGACAGUAUCGGCGUUUUCGGUUUUACUUCUCGCUGGUCUUUACGUUUCUUCAUUCAGCAGUUGUUUAGGAGCAAUGUAUGGAACUCCAAGAGUUCUCCAGUCGAUUGCUGGACAAAAUGUGAUACCUGGAAUCAGUUGUUUACAACGAGGAAAAGGGCCAAAUAAGGUGCCAAUCUACGCAAUGUUGGUUGUUGCUAGCGUCACUCUUGCUUUUAUAAUUACGGGACAGAUAAAUACACUUGCUCCUAUUGUUACGAUGCCUUUUUUGCUGACUUAUGCUUGCAUGGAUUAUGCAUAUUUCGCCCUGGCGCAAACUUUUGAUCUGCGUCAUUCGAGAGAACAAAGAUUUUCUUCACAAACGCCGACUUUUGAUAGAAAUUAUGGUGCAGCUGGGAGAAAUGAAAUGGUGGAAACUGAAAACGAUUUAGAUACCUUAUUCCCUGAAAGAAUUCGACACAAGAACAUCGCAGCAAAUCCUAAUUUUUCGGAUAACGUAAUUGUGGACUCCUCGCCGAGUUUGGAUGAAAAUAACAGUGCAGCUGAUAAUAUGACGAGGAGAGUUCAUAUCCACGGAAAAUUAGGGAAUUGGUAUAGCCCCUUCUGCAAUCGAUGGUUUUCGCUAGUGGGUGCACUUGUGAAGCUUCUAAUAAUGUUCCUGGUCCACUGGGGAUACGCAACAGCGAAUAUCAUUGUCGUUUUUCUCGUCUGGAGUUACAUUGGACAUGCAAAUCCUGCCGUGAAGCCUGGAGUUUCUGCCGAAUUUAAAUUCUUCGAGUGGUUGAAGAAUUCGCUCCUGAGACUGCUGGGGAGAAAAGUUUACGACUACGAGCAAAUUGUCGUAACUCCAGUUCAUCCAGGAGUUGAAACAAGUUCAGCACAACUAAACGAGGAGAAUGAAGAUUUUGCUGGAAGGAGAAGAUAUCACCAAACUGCGACAGUCACUGGACAAUACGUCCACGUUGAUUAAAAUUAAUUUGCACAAAAAUGGACUGCUUAGAUGCCUAAACAAAUUUAAAUGCUAACAAUAAGUCCAAUAUCAAUAAUAGGAAGAAUAUUUUUUCUAUUGAAUACGUACUUACCGUGAUUUUCGCACAAUUUGAGGGACUCACUGCCGCUUUAUUUCUUAUUGAAUUAGCAAAAUUUUUAGUGUUAUUUAGCUAUUUAAUUUAUUUAGCUUUCAAAGCGGAAAAAUAAAAAACGGUUUAAUUUCUUCGCUUAGCAGAUUUGAUUUUUUAACAGAGGCUAUUAAUUUUAUUUUUAAUAUUGAGUUCCUGAAAAUGUUUGAUUUUAUUAAUUGCAUAAUAAUGAAUUUUGUCUGCGAUAUUCGUGGCAUUUCAGGUUGGAAUGACUCGUAAGAUUUCCGGAUAUUUUUGAGAGAUUUUAAAGCGUCAGCAGCUAGUGUUUAUUGCACGCGAUUGUAUUUUAUUGCAGCUAAGAAGUGAAGUUUAGUUUUUUAAACGAUAUAUGUACUCAAUACUGCUUUGGUUAUUUGAAAAUGAUUCAAGUGCGAAUGAUUUUUGUGACCUGAUAUAAACUGAAUCUAGGGAAUCAAUGUUAGACUGCUGGUGAGCGAUUAGUUAUUGAAAGCACACUACUUGGUUCGCCACUUCUGAUACUCUGUAAAUAGAUAAUUUAUAUACAUAUAUUUAUAUACAUGUAGCUUUUUACGUUUUUAUAAAUUUCACAUCCAUUGUUUAUCAAGACUAAUAAAACAUGAAAUAAU